AUGAAGCUCUCUAAGUUGGCCUUCAUCGCCUGGGCCGCAUGCGCCGCUGCCACUCCUGUUAGCCCUAUCCACCAGCGCGGCUUAGAGCACCACAAAUGUGACUGCGGAAAGGAUAUCGAGGUGCCACACGAGCCCUCUCAUCCUGAGCCCGAGCCCGAGCCUGCUCCUGCUCCUGCUCCACAGCCUGUCCCUGAACCUGUUCCUGAGCAGCCUGCUCCUGCCCCCGAGCCCGCCCCAGAACCCGCCCCGGAACCCGCUCCCGCUCCUGAGCCUGUCCCCGAACAACCUGCUCCCGCUCCCCAGCCCGCUCCUGAACCCGCCCCCGAGCCCAAGCCCGAAAAUCCCAAGGAGGGCUGCGAUAAGGAUGGCUGCCGCGGCACCGGUCAUCUCAUUCAGGAUCUCGGCCACCCUACCAACAAGUUGCUGCACGUCGUCGGUCUGCACACCGAGGAACUCCUGAUCAAACUCAGCCCCGGCGUUGAGGGUCUUCUCACCGGUCUUGGCCUCGGUGUCCUUGGCAAGCCCGUCGGUUCGAUCAUCAAGGAGGCCUCCAGCAUCGGCGAGCUCGUCGCUGACCUCGGCGACCCCAUCGAAUGCCUCCUUGUCGUGCUCGGCCAGGACACCGGUUAUCUGCUGAUCGAGCUCGAGGACCCCGUCAGCGGCCUGCUUUCCGGUCUGGGGCUCAAGUCCAUCGCCGGGCCCGUCGGCCAGGUCGUCGGCACCGUUGGCGAGCACCUCAAGCGCGGCGAGCCCGUCAAAGAGGAUGGCCUCCUUGAGGACAUCGCUCCCGUCGUCAACUGCCUGCUCCAGAUCGUCGGCAUCGACACUGAGAUCCUCCUCGUCGAGCUGAGCGGUCCCGUCGCGGAAAUCUUCAAUGGUCUCGGUCUAGAGGUCAUCGGCGAGCCCGUCGGUCAAGUUAUCGAGGCUGCCGGGGAGGUCGGCGAGCUUAUCCAUGACUUGGGUCCGGUCGUCGAGUGCCUGCUUACCAUUGUCGGAUAUGACGGCGGCGUUCUCCUCAUCGAGCUGUCUGACCCUAUCGCCGCCCUUGUGUCCGCUCUUUUGCCCGAAGUUGGCGAGCCUGUCGGCAAGGUCGUGAAGGUGUUGGGCGAAAACCUAUAG